CAUACCUAAACACAGUUGUGUUUGGUUCAUUUCAGCCCAUUACUCAUUAUGAUCACAGCACCGUGUUUCGCGUGAACAGCUCACUCGCCCAUUUCAUUGGUGCCCGCUGGAAGCUGGGAUGGGCACCAUUCUGCAGGAGCAAGUGGCACAGCGGUGUGCCGAGAGGGUUUCCAGCAGGGAGAGGAAAUGGAAGAAGGAUCUGUGGAGCAUCGCCGGGCCUAAUGUGGGCAGUAACAUAAUGGGAAGGCGGCAGUCUCAGAGGAAGCCCACACCGCCGCAGCACGCGUUCCCAAGUCAGGAAACUAACAGCGAGAAAAGGCUGCAACAAAGAAGAAAGCACAAGUCUAACAACUCCUCAGCUAAACGCAAUACUUCUCAACACAGCGCUCACAGAUCCUCAGAGUCAAAGGCUCUUCCAGUGUCCCCCACAGAGGGCAGGAUGGAGCCAAAGGUGCUGCCGGUCACUAAGCGCUCCAGCCACAGACAGCACAAGCAUGCGGGGAGCAGAAACGGCAAACACACAGCAGCUGUCUCCUACCACUGCACGUGUGGUUGCAGCACUGAGCAGCUGGAAAGACACUCGCCAGAACUGGAGGUCAGACGCCUGAGUCGCCAUGGAGAAGAUGACAGCGACACCGAUUUGUCUGAGUCAGAGAGACUUCCUGUGUCAGCCUGCAGUCGUGCUCCUCCUCGGCUCGAGCUCAGGCCAGAGGUCAUCGAGGCCGAGGACUGCUCCUCUCGCAGCCACAGAUCCAAUUUGCAGGGCCAUGGAGGUUUUGACUUCCCAGACUUCCUCCCUCCACCUUUUAAUUCGUGGAGCCUGAGUCAGCUGGCUGUUUUCUACAACAUGGAAGGCCGAGGUACCCCCCGGCCCAGGCCUGUGGGCCCUUUGGAAAGGUAUCUGGAGAAGCUGCUGCAGCUGGAGUGGCGUCAGAUCCAGACCGUCCAGGAGGAGAGCGGGAAGUCGGUAGUAUCAGAAGUGAUAUCCAGCUGUCACAGGUCCCCUGCUGCCGCCACAUCACGUCUCAGCUCUCCCAAGUGCAUCCUCCAGUGUCAGCGUGCCUUCCCCCUCACUUUCCUCUCCUCCCUGGCUAGUCACUCCGCCCUCCUCUCCGGCUGCGCCUGCACUCUCUGCCGGAUCCGCUGCUCCCGCUGUAGUGUGCCAUGCUGUUGCUCGACUUACAGCCACAACCGCCAGUCCAGGCCGAGUGCUCCGCUAGAGCCCAAAAUACUCCCGAAAAGGAGCUACAGCGAGAGCCGGGUGCACUCCUCAGACAGGGGCUCACAAGCCCAAAGGUUCAGCAGCCCUGUGCGGACCAACAGCCACCUGAGGAGAAUGCAGGCAUCAGGAAACAUCCGCAACCCUGUCCAAGGUGCCGCCACCAGCCUUCAACACACUGCCAGCGACUGUAAUGAGGUUGCCUGGAAGGGGGAUGUGUGGGACUACAGGAUGGGCGGGUUUCGGAGGAGGAGCGGCUCAGAGCAGAGGAGAGGUGGAGGAGACAGGAAACAGAACGGAUGGGAGAAAAAACGGAGCGGCUCUGAGUGUAGAAAAGGAGGAGCUGAGAGGAGGAGAGCGGCUAACCUCAAAGAACAGGAAAUAAAACCUGACGCUGUCACUGCAAUAAUAGACAAUUUACCAGGAUCCAAAUAUUCUCCUAUACAGAGGCCAAGCAGGCCCAAACAGGUGGAGUUUGUCACAUAACAGCAGGUGUAGUGAUAAAUGUGUAAUCUGAAUGUUACAUACUGUCAUCACCUUAAAGUUUUAUUAUGAAUGUACAGUCAGCAAUACUGUUCAUUUGUUAAUGUGAUAUUAUUUCUCUGUGCUGUGGGGGAUGUUUACACAGAUAUGGAAGAGAGCCGCUGGAUGUCCAAGUUUGAUAAGUUUGUGCUUUAUUUAAAAGAACCCAGAUAGCAUCGUGUACUGUAUGUGAUCAUAUGAUAUGAUUUUCAGCAAUUCAGGUUUAUUAGUCUUUUGAAUGAAGCAGCAAACAUCAUCAAAAUUUAUUA